AAUUAGUAUAGAAUUAUUAAUUGGUCUAAUUAAGUUAUUUAGCAGUUAAUUAGUUUAUACAUUUUUUUCUUUUUCAGAGUUUAUUUUAGAAACUUAGUUUAUUUAUCCAAUUAAGUUAAUUUAUCAGAUUAUUCAGGGUUAUCGGCUUAGAAUUUAAUUAGAAUAGAAACUUAUUAAGUUGUUAGUUCAGUCAUAUAAGGUGUUUAAUCAUCAUGUCAGAAGAGGACCUUACACAGGAGGAACUGCAAAAGUUAGCUAAAUCUUUCAAGGAACUUGGAGUAAAACCAAAACUAAAAUCUGGAGAAGAACUUAAAUCCUGGUUGAUUAGUUAUGCUAAUUGGGCGGCACCAAGGACAUUGCAGAUGGACAUGCCUCAGGAUAAUGAUGCAUCAAGUAGUCCAAAAGAAACAACAUCAUAUACCACUAACACUCCGAAACUGCCAUUCUUUUCUGGAGAUAAGAAAGGCGAAACAUCAUAUGAUUUGUGGCGUUAUGAAGUUGAGUGUUUGAUUAGAGAUGGCGUUAAGACAUCAGCAGUUCUGCAGAGCAUCAGAAGAUCACUUCGAGGAAAUGCAGCAAGAGUCCUGAUGCGACUCGGAACAGAAGCAUCCAUUGAUGAAAUUUUGCAGAGAUUUGACAGCGUCUAUGGAAUUGUUGAUGACAAUGAGAAUCUUUUGUCCCAGUUUUACAGUGCAUCUCAAAAAGAAAAUGAAGAUGUUUCAGAAUGGAGCUGUCGAUUAGAGGAUCUGUUAAAUAAGGUGAUACAAAAUGGUGAAAUUGUUCCAACAAAUACAGAUCAGAUGUUACGAAACAUGUUCUGGAAUGGCCUUGCAGAAAGCCUAAAGGACAUAACUGGCCAUAUAUUUAAAGAGUGCAUUGACUUUGAUGAAUUAAGAAAGGCGAUUAGGAAGGUAGAACAAGAUAAGAUCAGACAUAAAGAUGCCAGUAAGAAAGCCACUAUCCAACAGACUGUUACCAGUGAUUCAAAGAUGGAUGAAUUGAAAGCAAUGAUUCAAAAGAUGGACACUAAAGUGAAUCAGAUGAAAGAAGAUAUUGAUGUUGUACGUCAGAAAUAUCAAACUGAGAAACCACAUAAUUCAAGAUUUCAAGGUCAAGGAGGAUAUUUUCAGGAUCAACAAUAUCAAGGAAAUUAUAGAAACAGAGGAAAAUAUUACCCACAAGAGAGAAGAAAUGAGGGAGAAGUUGUUUGUUAUAGAUGUGGACAAGUUGGACAUAUACAAUAUGGCUGUCGUGUUCGCUUGGACCACAAAAGAGAUUUAAACUCACAGCAACCUGCUUCGAGACGCGGACGCUAGGUUGUACUGAUAGACAGCGUCAAGUUCCAG